AUGACAAUAACAAUGUAUUGAUUGAACUGUUUGUUUGUUUUUACUGUAUUUUGUUGUGUUGUUUACCGCCGCAGCCGCUGACCGGCCACUAUCGGUUGGUGGCCACAGUACCGCAGAGAGAGAGAGAGAGAGAGAGAGAGAGAGAGAGAGAGAGUGAUCACCAAUUCAUCUCAACACACCAAUGGGCAACGCACUGGUCGGUACCGUAUCGCAGGCCAUACACCCGAUCGAUCACUAUCUGGCCGAUGUACCCGAAUUUCAAUACCAAUCGUCGCUCGGGUCGACCCGAUUUCUGAAAGUGGCCAAAUGUGGCCACUACGAAGGCGAUUGUGUAGUCAAAGUAUUGGCCGUCGACGAUCCGUCGCUCCCGUUGGCCGCUCACAAGCAGCGCAUCGAACACUUGUCGACGUUGACCGCCCGUAACGUAUCGGUGGCCGCCUUUCAUCGGGCCGUUAUUUGUCCGUCGUUUGCCUACAUUGCCCGCCAGUAUGUACGCUAUUCGCUAUACGAUCGCCUAUCGACUCGACCGUUUCUGACCGCCGGCGAAAAGUCAUGGCUAGCCUAUCAGUUGGUCAAAUGUUUGGAUUGGCUUCACGGACACGGCAUCAGACACGGCGAUAUUAAACUCGAGAACAUACUUAUUACGUCCAGUCUGUGGCUAGUGAUUACCGAUUUGGCCACUUAUAAACCCGUACUGUUGCCCGACGACAAUCCGUCGGACUUUUCCUAUUUUUUCGACACAUCGCGUCGCCGCUGCUGUAAUAUAGCUCCCGAACGGUUUGUCAGCGACAGUUCGGGUCUACAAUCGGCGACUGCGGUUGACUAUACGAUGACUGGACCCAUUGGAUCGGCUGCUUCUGCUGCCGCCACCACCGCCGCCGGUGGCGCCAAUAGUCAGCUGCUGUUGACACCGUCGUCACCGCAACCACCGAAAGAACCACAAUUGACGCCCGAAAUGGAUAUGUUCAGUAUCGGCUGUGUACUGGCCGAACUGUUUUCCGAUGACGCACCCAACGGUAAUCUAUUUGAUUUGGCCGAACUGUUAGCCUUUCGUGUCGAUCAAUACUAUCCGACGAAAGCAUUGGACAGUAUAUCCAACGAAACCAUACGGGAAUUGGUAAAAAAUUUGAUCAGUCUUAAGCCAACCGAACGUAAACUUAGUGGCCAAAUAUUGGCCGAACUUAGCGGAUCAUUGUUUCCCGGCUAUAUGAGCACACUGUACGACUAUUUGCAACAAUUGGUCAGAUUGCCGCCCGAUGCCAAAGUAAUACGAUUGUCCCGCGAUUUGGAUCAACUAUUGUCGCUAAUACUGUCACAAGAACCGCACGGUCUGCUACUGGUUCUGGUAGUGAUUACGUCGACAAUGCGGGCACUCAAACACAUACAUUGCAAACUAUUAGCCCAACGAUUGGCCUGCAAGAUAGCAGCGGCAUCGCCGAUAAUGUCGGCCUAUAUUACCGACCGAUUGUUACCCUAUUUGUUGCAUUCGCUGACGGAUAGCGAUCCGCGAGUCCGGGCCGAAGCCGUCUACUCGAUAACCAUUAGCUUAGAACAGGUGGACGAUUUGCCGGCCAGCGAUAACAACGUAUUUACCGAUUAUAUUCUUCCAGUUUUGUGUCAAGUAGUGUCCGAUCAGUCGGCAUUCGUUAGGCUAACACUGGCCGCCAAUAUUAGUCGGCUAUCGAAAGUAUCGCUAAAUUUUUUAUCCCAAUCGUGCGACCAAAACUACGACGAAGAGCUAACCUUAUUGCACAAUUCGUUUCAAUUGAUUGUCACCCAAUUGCUUACCGACGGUAACAAUUGUGUCCGUCGGACACUAUUGCUAACGCCGUACAGUUGUGCCAAUUUGUGUGUCUUUUUCGGACGACAAAAGACCAACGAUCUGAUCCUAAGUCAUAUCAUAACCUUUCUGAACGACAAAAACGACUUUCAACUUCGGGCCUCAUUUUUCGACAACAUAAUAGUCAUAGCAUCCUAUCUCGGCUCAGAUCAGUGCUCAAAGAUAUUGCAGCCACUACUCCAACAGGGACUGAGCGAUGCCGAAGAGAUUAUCAUCUAUAAGACAAUAACAUCGAUGACAUCGCUCAUUGAACAAGGAUUGCUGAAAAAGUCCAUAAUCUAUGAAUUGCUUCGCGAAGCCGUACCGCUAUUGUCUCAUCCAAACCUAUGGAUCAAUCAAUCGAUGAUUUCAUUGAUUUUGACUCUGUGUUCUCGGCUAUCGUUAGCCGAUAUUAGCUGCAAAAUCAAGCCGUUAGUCGAUCCCAAUCUUCAACGACAGAUACAUUCGCUGAAAAAUGGUCGCCUACUGAAGGACUCGCUCUAUCCGUUACUGCCGCGCAGUGUCUACGAUCUGAUUGUUGGCCAAUCAAAGCUCAAUAUUGACCGAUUUUUCGAGUGUCUAAUUCAAAGGAAAUACUUGCGUCAAGUGGUCAGACAUCAUCAGCAGUCGGUAAUUGUUUUGGAGGAUGCACUGUACACCCGACUCACUCACGAAGGUAUUAACGAACAAAUUGAAGACCAAUUGGUAUCGCUGGCCGAUCUGAUCAAAAAGAUUUACCGAAACAAAAAAAAUUUAUCGACGAAAAAGGUGUCGGGAAUGAUAGCCAUUACUACUACUAAUACUACUGGCGAUCGUCAGAAAAAUCGCAAAUAUUUUAGUGUAGUAAUUGGCGACAGAAAUCGCAACAACAAUACCAAUAACAACAACAACAAUAAUGGCAGACAACAGCAGCCGUCGUCGUCGUCGUCAUCGCAUAGAAGACAGGCGUCGGCGAUGAACGAAGAAUGGUUGCAUAUGUUUGGCUCGAAAGUCCAAUUGGUUUCGUCUAACGGCGACAAUACUAUUAGCGGCGUCGACGAUGAUAUCGAUGGCAGUAUUCCAGUGGCACAGGAGGCCAGAGAAAGUGGCGGCGGUGUCGGCGUCGGUGUUGGUGGUGGUAGUGAACAACAGCACGUCCAGUGUCCGCCGUGUCAGCUAGAAAUCAAACGAUUGAUUCAGUACAAGAAGUCUAACUUUAAUCCGUUGACAACAACAACAACAUCAGCGACAACUGUUCGCUGGACAGACGGCCAACCAUUUAAGCCGAAAGGAGUACUAGUAGCUCAUCUGCACGAACACGAAAAAGCGGUCAAACGGGUAUUGCGUGUCGGCAACAAUUCAUCGCUGUUUGCCACCUGUUCCGCUGACGGUACUGUCCGAGUAUGGGAUGCAUCGAAAAUGGAGGGCAAAAGUGUUAUCAAUCGUUCGCGACUGAACUUUGUCGCCCAAUCGAAACUGAAUCCCCAGUCGAUGGGCGGUAUGACCUACUGUGGCGACUGUCUUAUUGUCUACACUAAUACCAAUCACGUACACAUAUUGGAGAUCAAUCAAUCGCCGACGGCCCGCAUGAAACUGUUGAACAGUUUUCAAGUCAUACCCGAUAUCGACGGUUCGGUUAUUACCGAUAUUACGACACUCGGUGCCAAUACGUUUGCCAUGUCGUUGUCCGAUUCGUCGAUACUUAUCUACGAUCUGAGAACAUUGGUUACGUCAACGGCUACGACGGCUGCGGCUACCGAAAUAAAACCCGUUCACAAGCUUAACAUUGCGGCCCACGAACGAGUUAUUACGGCCAUCGACGGUAACGAUUGUGUGAUGUUUUGCGGUACCUAUAGUGGCCUAUUGAUUACAUUUGAUCUGCGAUUUCUAUUGCGCUCCAAUACGUCAGCCUAUAUGACACAGAAUCGGGUCCGACGUAUCAAAUAUACCGACGAUGGUCUCUAUUCGUCGGCUCAGGGCAAUUGUGAGGUCACACUGUGGGACUGCGAAACCGGUUCCCGAUUGAAGACACUGUGGGCCAGUACGGCACCGGCACUAUCAGUCACACAGGCGUCACCGCAUUCAGUGCUCGGUAUGAUUGUAUCGAAAGUGGGCAACGAUUCGUCUAUAAUUACAUCGGGAACCGAUAUGCGUAUCCGCUACUGGGAUCUGCAGCAACCGGAGCGCAGUUACAUUAUCAGCGACAAUGCCAAAAGCCAGAACAAUGGUGUCACCUAUACCUCAAAGUUUAUCGAAGGCAUACAAGUGAUACAGGAAUGUCAAGAUGACAACAACGGUGGUGUUGGUGCAUCAUCGGUGGUGGCCACUACUACUGGCGGCGCUGGUGUCGGCGGUACUCAUUAUUAUCAGCAGCAGCAGCACCACCACCACCACCAUUCGACAUGGGAUCACCAGGCAGUUAGUCCAUCGCACCGGGACUGUAUUACUGAUAUUGCCCGAGUCAACCAUCUAUUGGUGUCGGCCAGCAGUGACGGUGUUGUUAAAGUGUGGAAAUAA